AUGUUCAGUCGACACCGGACUCUACUCACGCUGUUUUCCUUGGUUCUGAUGACCUUGGCCUCAAGGUCAAUUAUGACCGCUGUGAAUGCGUUCGAGGCCGAUGAUUUGUCUCUCGGUGAAGAGCUGCCCCAGGGUGUAAUCGUCGGGGACGAUUAUCUGGCAAGAGAAUAUCCGAUAUCUGCUUUAAGCAAACGGAACUUUGUUCGCAUCGGGAAACGGCAUUUUGGUCCCAUGUUCAAACGUAAUUUCAUUCGUAUUGGUCGUUGA